AUGACACGUGUGCACUAUCUGCACAAUCGUCCUCAUCAAGCACGCGGCCGCCCUCUCCGUGUAAUGCCCUUUGGCAAUAAUCCUGUCGAAAAGCUCUCCUCCCGCGCACAGCUCCAUCACCAAAUGCACCGAGUGCUUGUCCUCAUACGCCCCCCUCAGCUCAACUAUGUUGGGCUGGCCCGUGAGGUGGUGCAUGAUCUGCACCUCGCGCCUCACGUCCUCGAUGUCCUCGCGGUUUGCCAGCUUGCGCUUGGCGAUGGUCUUGCACGCGAACCGCUCCCCGCUCUGCUUGUGGGUGCAGAGGUGGGUAACGCCGAACUGGCCCCGGCCCAGCUCCUUGCCCAUGCUGUACGUGGCCCGGACGUCUUCCAUGGGCCGGCCCAAGACGGGCCCAAUAGGGGCGGCCUUGAGCACGAGCUACCCUAA